CUGUCAGUAGCAGUUGCGAAGGCGGAGGGAGCGAACUAGCACCAUCGUCGCUUCGCCGCUUUCUGGUCGAUCUGACGCCGAUUGUCUUGGGUUGAAAUUGGGAUAUUUGUAGCGCAUCUGGAAGGUCUUUUGGCGUAGCCGUCAAGCUGGCAUUGGCGUCAUCCAGGCUCAGCAGGAGGGAGGCGGGAGAUGUGACGGAAUUGCAUUUAAAGGGGACUGAAGUGUUACGCGCUGCCAAAUAAUAGGAGAGGAGAGAGGGGAAAAAAAAAGUUAGCAGUGGAAAAUGCAGUGAUUUCAGAUCCCAACUGUGGCGUGAGGAACAGAUUAGAAUCGUGUUUCCGUGAUUUGCUAAACCCUUGAAAAGCGAAAGAUACAAAAUGUACCUGAAGAUCUGAAUACGUAACGAAACCGGUUUUACUACUGAGGUCGCAACCUCCUCCUCCUCCCCCUCCUCCUCCUCCUCCUCCUUAGAACAUGAAAAGAUACCGUACCAAUGCCUCGACUUUGGCGAGAUGAACGGAAUGCCCUCGUCUGUGCCCCAGUCAGGAACCACUGAUCAGGAAGCAACUGAGGGGAAAGGCCCUUUGCAACGCUAGACCCCUGCACUUGCAACGCCAAGAUGACCUCCCAAGCGACAGCCAAAGUCGCCUCUCUGUUCCAGAUCGUCAUCGUGCUUGGGACCAAAGCCUCGUCGCUCGGCCUGGGACAGGAAAAUGCCCAGGGGUACGACCCGGAAGCCAGCAUUACAGGGUUGUACACGGGACCUUAUUUCGACCCCCUGGCCCCGAGGAACUUCACUGCUCACCUGGGGGACCAGGCCAUCUUGCCCUGCACCGUCAGGCAGCUCGGAGAUAAAUCCGUGUCGUGGGUCCGGAUGCGAGACGCCGACAUCCUGACGGUGGAUAGAUACACCUUCGUGGGAGACGAGAGGUUCGAGUCCCACUACUCGGCGCCCUUGGAGACCUGGAACCUGGUCAUCAAGUACGUCCAGGAGCGAGACGCUGGCCUCUACGAGUGCCAAGUAUCCACUGAGCCCAAGAUGAGUCAGUUCUUCAGCCUGCGAGUCGUCAUCCCCAAGGUGGAGAUUCUGCCUCCGGGGGACAGGUACGUGAAGGCUGGCAGCGAGGUACGGAUCGAGUGCCAGAUCACGGACGUCGUGCAGCUACCCGAUUACAUCUUCUGGUACCACGAGGAGAAGAGAGUCAUGGACCACCUCGACCACAACCUUUUGGUGGCUGUAAAGAAAACGGGGCUGGAGUCCAUUACCUCCACCCUCACCAUCCUGAAGGUGCCUCCCGAAGGAAGUGGGAACUACACCUGCAUGCCCUCCAACCUCCACACCGCCUCGGUCAUACUGCAUGUCCUCAAUGAGAAGCAUCCAGCAGCGAUGCAAGGGGAGCGGAGUGGCGCUUCUUCGGGACCAGGAACUCGGUCCUGUGGGCUGUCUGUUCUCUUCAUUCUCGUCUUACUGUAUAACGCAGCUUACUUCGACUUCGACGGAUACAGGAAGCAGAAGAAGCCACGGAAUAACGACGGCCGCUCCUCUCCGCUGCUGUCCUCAUCACCAGCCAAAACGAAUUCUCUCCAGCUAGAUGGACGUCACAAGAAAAUAUUAUUGGAGGCCCUCGACAAUGAGAGGGACAGUGCUUUACGUCGGACGUCCCUGGAAUCGAGGAAUAAGCCCGCGGGCUCUGACUUCUCGAGGGCGGUAGCGUCUCUCAUUCCUACCCACGACUUGGCUAUUGAACUUCGGCCUCUGGGUCCAGAAGGGAACCCACUGGACGCCGCUGGAGCGCUGGACCUCACCGGAGUGAUUUCCCGCGACCUCGUCCUUGAAGAGCGUCGCCCGGAGCACUAUGACCAAAAGCUCCUCCUCGGUGUCUGGGGAGGAGGGGAAGAAGGAAAGGGAACGCUGGAUUUGGCGGGGAAGAAGAUCCAUUGGGGAACCAGUUACGUCCACCAGCGAGUCGUCUCCGGUCUAUACAACGGCUCGUCACCCCGCCAGAGGACGCCGGGUUCUCUCGUCAGUCGGUGAUCGUUUUAGUUCCUGAAAUUAAACGGACUUUUUUUUUUCUUUGUACAUAUCCUGUAAAUAGAGAUAACGAUUUAUGUGCACAGUUAGAACUUGUACAAAGGAUGAAGAACUUCAAAAACUGUAUAAUGAUCCGUACUCGUUUUCUGUCUUGUUUUGCCAAAACUCUGGAGACUCGUUGAGAAGCAAGAAAGGGCACUGAGACCUUCUUUUUUAAUUGCAUAUAGAUACGUAAUGGAUAUAUUUUAAUGAAUCAAAGUUAUGAAAUAAAAACAAGACUUCAUUCUUAUUCAUUUUUCUGAAUAACUCCAACUUCCCGACAAGGUUUGUACUUCCCUGUGGAAAUAAUGAUAAUGAGGAGGAGUUGUAGAGUCAAAUAUGGGACGCUCACUCAUCAGGGAGAACAUUGUGAAAGGAAAUGAUGUAUACUUUCUAAAUUUUCUAUCUUGCCCCCUAUUGUGUUCGAUGUGUAGGAUUCGUAGGUGUCUGAUCUCCUGCUCUGUUUGGUAUGUAUACUUGUCAAUCUGUUUCCCGUCUCCAUUGAUCAAGUUCUUUCUUUCUCUCGGAUAUGUCCUUUUUUGUGCCUCUUUCUUCAGGUUUCUGUUUUAUUCAUUCGUAUGUCAGGAGGAUUUCCGAGUUUAGUUUGAGAGAGAUUAUUGUAUAAUAGUUAUACGUAUGGUUCAAUCAUGAAAUUGCAUAUUUCACUUUCUACUUCAAGUGCUGAAUUCAGUGACAUUCGAGAGCACAGCAGUCCUGUUUGAAUUUACUGUUUGAAAUCUCUCUCUCUCUCUCUCUCUCUUCUCUCUCUCUCUCUCUCUCUCUCUCUCUCUCAGAAUGAACUUAAUAUCUUUUUAGAGCUUGACUGAUAUUCAUCAAAUACUCUGACCAACUGUAAAGGGCAGAUACUAUAAGGAAGCAAAUCAAAGUAUCUCCGUUUUGCUGUUUAUUUAUGAUGUAAAUAUCUGUGUCCUCCUUUAAUCUGGGAAACAGACUGUGUACCUGGAUAUCAGAGGGUGAAGUUGAUUACUAACGAUGCCACGAAUCCUUUUAAUAACGUGUCGCGUUAGCUGAUGCGUUUUUAUGACAAGAUUAAAAUCUGCCUGUAUUACGAUAGGUUUGUAUUGGCAGUUUCACGUUACUGUUUGGUUCCUGAGUAUGAAAUCGAUGUAAUCAACUGUAACUUUCUUUUUCAGUUUUUGCCAUACAUGUUUUGUUAGUUUGUCUUUAUACAGAUAAUUAUACUGCUUCGUUUUUUUGCUCGCGGUAUUAAUCAGUAUAUUUUUUUUUCAUUUACUUAUCAUCUUCUGCUACCCAAAUCAUGAUGGACAUGGAAUGAAAAAUGUUGCAAUCAUUAUUAUUUUUAACAUGGGUAAUAAGGGUAUCACACACACACACACA